GAGCAGCGGGUGGGGGAGCGAAAUCAGACGAUGGCCAGCAAGUCCAGGUAGGUUUCGACCGUGGUCGCCCUCGUACGUCAGUCGGCGGCGUCGGAAAGGUGUCGGAGCCAAGUGUUGGGCAUGUCGCCGAGACUGACCAAGACGCCGCGACUGCAAGUGCUGGGCAUGUCGCCGAGAAGACCAACAAGCAGUACUAGCUCUGAGUUCCCAAAAUGCCUGACUCUAACGGCAACGGCAUGCACCACAAGGAGGAUGAUGGCCUCUUCACCGACUCCGGCCCCGUCCUCCCCGACUCCUGGUCGUGGCCCUGUGCACGAUAGCGCCCUCCCUCUUCUACUUCUACUACCUACUGUUGCUGUUGUUGCUGAUUGGUCUAUGCAUGAUACAAUGGGAGCAAGCUCAUCCUCCUCAAUCCCUAGCUACUGCACGACUGCCGGGGUGCAUUCUCCCUAUAGUUCCUGGAGCAUCUGGACCUCUUAUUGUAGUAGCUGGUGUUGUGUGUUUUGGAAGAUGGAAGAGGAAGAAAACCUAUUUUUGUUGAACUAAAUUUUCUGUAUUCUGUUUUGUUGUAUGUAUCAUUUGAUAGUUUUGUAUAGGAACAAGUGAUACUAUUUUGUAGGGCUUUAUGGCCUGUGAUGUAAACAUAUUUAGUGCU